GUCAAUUAUCAACACAAUUAUUUUUCUUGUUCUAAUUUACAUGUAAUCACUUAAUUUUAUAUAAAAAUUACAUUUAGAAAUGAUGCAAUUUAUGUUACUGUUCAGUAGGCAAGGAAAGUUGCGAUUGCAAAAGUGGUAUGUGGCUCAUCCUGAUAAGCUGAAGAAAAAAAUUACUAGGGAAUUAAUUACCACUAUUCUUGCCAGAAAACCAAAAAUGUGCAGUUUCUUAGAAUGGAGAGAUUUGAAAAUCGUUUAUAAAAGGUAUGCUAGCUUGUAUUUUUGCUGCGCGAUAGAACAAUGCGACAAUGAACUGUUAACAUUGGAAAUCAUUCAUCGUUACGUUGAACUAUUGGAUAAGUACUUCGGAAGUGUAUGCGAGUUGGAUAUAAUUUUCAACUUUGAGAAGGCCUAUUUCAUUCUGGACGAGCUAAUGCUUGGUGGAGAGGUGCAGGAAACCAGUAAGAAGAAUGUUCUGAAGGCAAUCGCUGCACAGGAUCUCCUACAAGAGGACGAAGCAAUGGAAAUCGCUUUAAGGGAUGUUGGUCUGCUGUAAGAACGAGUCCAACUAGUGCCGUUAACCAGUGAAAUUUAUAGUUACCAAAAGAGUCAUUCCUAAAUUUAAUUUUUAAGUGUUGGAUAUGUUUAUAAAUUUUAUAUUCGAAAAAUUUAGAUUAUUCCAUAAUUGGAUAAAAAAUAUUGUUUUGUCUGUUGUAAUAAUGGAUAUUUAAUAUUCUAUACAUUCCUUAUAUUAAGCACAAAAAUAGGUGUAACUAAAAUUAAUUAUACGUGCCAAAAUUAAGCUAAAUUAAAUGUAUUGUAUGUUCAGUAUUAAUAAGAACCUUCCAUUUUAUGAAACUAUUAUGAUUAGCGAGGUUAUUUUUUAAGUAUAGGUGUAAUUUUUGUGCUUAGUACCUGUUUAACAAUACUUUUUUAUUUCGACUAACUGUUGUUGUUUUUUCUAUUUCUUUUCCUUUUGUUAUACUAUACUAAUUUCUGUACUAAUUCUCGUUGUUCAGUUUGUUCAAAAUGUAAUAGACGUGCAUCUUAUUAGUUUACUUUCUUUCAUUAA